AUGUGGAGUUCAGCAUUUACUAGAUCAUUUUCGUAUAGAGAAGAUGAUGAUGAUGAGGAAGAUGAUGAUGAGGAAGCACUUCGCUGGGCUGUUUUGGAAAGAUUACCUACUUUUAAUCGUGUUAGGAGAGGGAUUUUUCAGAAUGCUGAUGGAGUUUCUAAUGAAAUCGAGAUUGGUGAUUUGGAACUUCAGGAACAGAAACUUGUUAUGGAUCGUUUGUUUAGUUCUGUUGGUGAUGAUGUUCAACAAUUCUUUAGUCGUAUGCGCCAGAGAUUCGACGCUGUAGAUUUGAAAUUCCCAAAGAUUGAGGUUCGAUUUGAGAAGCUGAAGAUCGAUGCUUAUGUUCAUGUUGGGAGUAGAGCAUUACCAACAAUUCCAAACUUCAUUUUUAACACAACAGAGGCUUUUCUGAGGCAAUUGAGGAUUGUUCCAGGCAAGAGAACGAAGUUAUCUAUUUUAGAUAAUAUCAGUGGGAUCAUUAAGCCAUCCAGAUUGACAUUAUUAUUGGGCCCUCCAAGUUCUGGAAAGACGACAUUGCUUUUGGCACUUGCUGGUCGGCUUGGGCCUGGUCUACAGACGUCGGGGAAGGUUACAUACAAUGGACAUGGUCUAAAUGAAUUUGUCCCUCAGAGGACCUCUGCUUAUGUUAGUCAAGAGGACUCUCAUAUUGCCGAGAUGACUGUCAGAGAAACCCUUGAGUUUUCCGGUCGCUGUCAAGGUGUUGGAAGCAAAUAUGAUAUGCUCUUGGAACUCUCUAGAAGAGAGAAGAAUGCAGGAAUUAAACCUGACGAAGAUCUCGAUAUAUUCAUUAAGGCAUUAGCUUUGGGGGGAGAUAAGACAAGCAUUGCAGUCGAGUACAUUUUGAAGAUUUUAGGAUUAGACAUCUGUGCUGACACGUUGGUGGGAGAUGAAAUGCUUAAAGGCAUCUCUGGGGGACAAAAGAAGCGUCUUACUACUGGUGAAUUGUUAGUUGGUCCAGCUAGAGUGUUAUUCAUGGAUGAAAUAUCUACUGGACUUGACAGCUCAACUACGUAUCAAAUCAUAAAGUAUCUUAGGCAUUCAACCCGUGCGCUUGAUGGGACCACAGUUAUUUCACUGUUGCAACCAGCUCCAGAGACUUACCAGCUGUUUGAUGAUGUUAUUCUUUUAUGUGAAGGGCAAAUUGUAUACCAGGGACCCUGUGCGUCUGCUCUUGACUUCUUCGCAUUCAUGGGUUUUAAGUGUCCUGAGAGAAAAAAUGUGGCUGAUUUUUUGCAAGAAGUGAUAUCUAAGAAAGAUCAAGAGCAGUACUGGUCAGUUCCUGAAUGUGCUUACGAGUACAUCCCAGUGGUAAAGUUUGCAGAAGCUUUUCGCUCAUUCCAUGUUGGUAAAAGUUUGUCAAAGAAACUCUUGGUUCCAUUCGAUAAACGUAGGAACCAUCCAGCAGCACUCUCAACUUCAAGCUAUGGUAUGAAUGUGUCUGAGCUUCUCAAGACCAGCUUUUCUUGGCAGCUGCUGCUGAUGAAAAGGAAUUCAUUCAUUUAUGUUUUCAGAUUUGUACAGCUUCUGUUUGUCGCUAUAAUUACAAUGACUGUAUUCUUCCGCACAAAAAUGCACCACCAAACAUUCGAGGACGGAGGCAUAUAUCUUGGGGCACUGUACUUUGGUAUGAUAAUGAUUCUAUUCAAUGGAUUCACGGAAGUUUCUAUGUUGAUUGCGAAACUUCCCGUUCUAUACAAGCAUCGGGAGUUACGUUUUUAUCCAGGAUGGGUUUACACGCUUCCAUCUUGGGUCUUAAGUAUUCCUAGUUCUGUUCUGGAGUCUGGUAUGUGGGUCGCGGUCACAUAUUAUGUUGUCGGAUUUGAUCCACAAAUAACAAGAUUCUCUCGUCAGUUCCUGUUAUUUUUCUUUCUGCACCAGAUGUCCUUGUCACUUUUUCGUUUGAUAGCAUCCAUUGGUCGUAAUAUGAUUAUCGCCAACACUUUUGGAUCUUUUGCUAUGUUGGUUGUUAUGGCUCUUGGAGGAUUUAUUAUUUCCAAAGAUAGCAUUCCUAAAUGGUGGAUAUGGGGUUAUUGGUUUUCUCCAUUGAUGUAUGCUCAAAAUGCAGCUUCUGUAAAUGAAUUCCUUGGGCAUUCCUGGGAUAAGGCAGCUAGUGUGGAGACUAAUAUAAAACUAGGUGAGGCGUUGCUGAAAGCUCGCAGUCUAUUUCCCCAGAGUUAUUGGUAUUGGAUUGGGGCUGGUGCUGUACUUGGUUACGCGAUAGUAUUCAACUUGCUCUUCACACUCUUCUUGACUUAUUUGAAACCUUUGGGGAGGCGACGCGCAGUUGUAUCUAAAGAGCAACUCCAGAACAAGGAUAUCAUAGGGAGGGAAGAACGAUCUAUCAUUCAACUAAGAGAAUUUCUUGAGCAUUCGGGCUCAUUAUCUGGAAACCUUAAAAAUCAAAGAGGAAUGGUUCUUCCAUUUCAACCACUUUCCAUGUCUUUCAACAAUAUCAACUACUAUGUAGAUGUACCCCUGGAACUCAGGCAACAAGGCAUAUUAGAAGAAAAAUUGCAAUUGUUGUAUAAUGUUACCGGAGCAUUCUGCCCAGGGGUGCUUACUGCACUGGUUGGAGUAAGUGGUGCUGGUAAAACCACCUUAAUGGAUGUUUUAGCUGGCAGAAAAACUGGUGGACUCAUAGAAGGAACCAUCAGCAUUUCUGGAUAUCCAAAAAACCAGGAAACUUUCGCAAGAAUCUCUGGUUAUUGUGAGCAAAAUGAUGUCCAUUCACCAUGUUUGACUGUUCAGGAAUCACUUAUUUACUCUGCUUGGCUUCGAUUGCCAUCUCAUGUUGAUCACAAGACACAAAAGACUUUUGUCGAAGAAGUUAUGUCACUUGUGGAGCUUACUCCGCUAAGUGGGGCCUUGGUUGGACUUCCAGGGAUCGAUGGGUUAUCCACGGAACAAAGGAAAAGGUUGACGAUUGCCGUGGAGCUGGUAGCCAAUCCUUCAAUUGUUUUUAUGGAUGAACCCACAUCAGGAUUAGAUGCCAGAGCUGCAGCUAUAGUAAUGAGAACCGUGAGGAACAUUGUAAAUACUGGGCGGACAAUUGUGUGCACAAUUCAUCAGCCGAGUACUGAAAUCUUUGAAUCCUUUGAUGAGCUCUUAUUUAUGAAGCGUGGAGGAAGGCUCAUUUAUGCGGGUCCACUAGGUGCUAAUUCUUGGAAGCUUGUUGAGUAUUUUGAGGCUGUAGGAGUAACCAGAAUCAGUCCCGGUCAGAAUCCCGCUGCAUGGAUGCUUGAGGCUACUUCCACGACAGAAGAAAGUCGCUUAGGUGUUGAUUUUGCUGAAGUCUACCAGAAAUCUCGAUUAUUUCAGCAUAAUAGAGACUUAGUUGAGAGACUAAGCAAGCCAAGAAGAGACUCGAAAGAAUUAAGCUUUCCUACUAAAUACUCAAAGACAUUUAUUCAUCAGUUUAUUGCUUGUUUAUGGACGCAAAAUAUGUCUUACUGGAGAAACCCCCAUUACACCGCAGUUCGGUUCUUCUACACUGUUAUCAUCUCCUUGAUGUUUGGAUCCAUUUGUUGGAAAUUUGGUUCUAAAAGAGACACUGAACAAGAUAUCUUGAACGCCAUGGGGUCAAUGUAUGCAGCAGUCCUGUUUAUCGGAAUUACUAAUAGCACUGCUAUUCAACCUGUGUUUUCAAUUGAGAGGUUUGUUUCUUAUCGCGAGAGAGCUGCAGGAAUGUACUCAGCUGUCGCAUUCGGAUUUGCCCAGGUGGCUAUUGAGUUUCCUUACGUAUUUGUCCAGACACUUAUUUACAGCGCUACGUUUUACUCUAUGGCCUCAUUCCAGUGGAACCUAAUAAAGUUCUUGUGGUACAUGUUCUUUAUGUAUUUCACUAUACUUUACUUUACAUUUUUCGGAAUGAUGGUGACUGCUGUGACACCCAACCAUAAUGUGGCCGCAAUUCUUGCUGCUCCAUUUUUUACAUUGUGGAACCUCUUCAGCGGAUUCAUGAUUCCUGACAUGAGGAUUCCAAUAUGGUGGAGAUGGUAUUACUGGGCAGACCCAAUGUCAUGGACUUUAUAUGGUCUUUUGACAUCACAAUACGGUGAUGUUCAUCAACAAGUGAAGCUCUCAGAUGGAGUUCAUUCAGUACCAAUAAGUCAAUUCCUAAGAGAAGAAUUUGGAUUCAGACACGAUUACGUGGGUAUUGCUGGUAUCGUUGUGGUUGGAUUCUGUGUAUUCUUUGCAACAAUUUUUGCUUUCGCAGUAAAAUCAUUCAAUUUCCAGAGAAGAUAGCUAAACAGGUAAUAAUAAGAAAACAUGAUUGUGGGGUUUCGAAGAUUUGUACCAGUACUAGGAGAAGAUAUGAGGUGGGAUCAGUACGGCUUGUAUGACAGUGGUAGUUUGUUGUAGCAAAAUUUGUAAAUCGAUGGAUAUAUUUUUGUCUUUCAUUUUCAUAUAUAUGAACUCAAAUAUUCUUUAUAUUUAUACUUAUAAAAAGUGAUACAAUAAGCAUCUUACAUCUAUUUGC